UCACUUUCUGUUGCAUUUCAGCUCAGAGAGACGAAGAGACGCUCCUCUUCCUCACUGCUCUCUCCCUCCAUCUUCCUCCUACUCCUCCUCCUCCUAUUCCACUUUGCUGGCUCUCCUCUUCCUCCUCCUCCUCAGACAGACGGACUGGUCCAACUCCUCACCUUCAUCGCUUCAACCAUCAUCAUCUUCAGAGGAAGAAGACAGGGAGCCCCCUGACCCUCGCCAUGGCAACGGUCAUCAGCACGCGGUUCUCUGAUGAGUACCAGCUUUACGAGGAGCUGGGGAAGGGAGCGUUUUCAGUGGUGCGUCGCUGUGUGAAGGUUCUGUCGGGUCAGGAGUACGCCGCCAAGAUCAUCAACACCAAGAAACUGUCUGCUCGAGAUCACCAGAAGUUGGAUCGAGAAGCUCGAAUCUGUCGUUUACUGAAACACCCCAACAUCGUUCGGCUCCAUGACAGCAUUUCAGAGGAGGCUCACCACUACCUCAUCUUUGACCUGGUCACAGGUGGAGAGCUGUUUGAAGAUAUCGUAGCCAGAGAAUAUUACAGCGAAGCCGACGCCAGCCACUGCAUCCAGCAGAUCUUGGAGGCGGUGCUUCACUGUCAUCAGAUGGGUGUGGUCCAUCGAGACCUGAAGCCAGAGAACCUGCUGCUGGCCUCCAAAUCUAAAGGAGCAGCCGUGAAGCUGGCAGACUUUGGCCUGGCCAUUGAGGUGGAGGGAGACCAGCAGGCUUGGUUUGGCUUUGCAGGAACACCCGGUUAUCUGUCCCCAGAGGUUCUGAGGAAGGAUCCAUAUGGGAAGGCUGUCGACCUCUGGGCCUGCGGUGUGAUUCUCUACAUCCUGCUGGUCGGCUAUCCUCCAUUCUGGGAUGAAGACCAGCAUCGUCUCUACCAGCAGAUCAAAGCCGGAGCUUAUGAUUUUCCUUCCCCAGAGUGGGACACGGUGACUCCUGAAGCCAAAGAUCUGAUCAACAAGAUGUUGACCAUCAACCCGGCCAAACGGAUCACAGCGGCAGAGGCACUCAAACAUCCCUGGAUCUCUCAUCGUUCCACAGUUGCAUCCUGUAUGCAUCGACAAGAGACUGUCGAGUGUUUGAAGAAAUUCAAUGCCAGGAGGAAGCUGAAGGGAGCCAUCCUGACCACCAUGCUGGCCACCAGGAACUUCUCUGGAGGAAAGAGUGGAAGCAACAAGAAGGCAGAUGGAGUCAAGGAGUCAUCUGAGAGCACCAACACCACCAUCGAGGAUGAAGACACCAGGGUGAGGAAACAGGACAUCAUCAAAGUAACGGAGCAGCUCAUCGAGGCCAUCAGUAAUGGAGACUUUGAGAGCUACACUAAAAUGUGCGACCCGGCUGUGACGGCGUUCGAGCCCGAGGCGCUGGGGAACCUGGUAGAAGGCUUAGACUUCCACCGCUUUUACUUUGAAAACUUGUGGUCUAAGAACAGUAAGCCGGUCCACACCACCAUCCUGAAUCCCCACAUCCAUCUGGUGGGCGACGAGGCCGCCUGUAUCGCCUACAUCAGAGUCACACAGUACAUCGACUCCAACGGCACCCCUCGCACCGCCCAAUCAGAGGAGACUAGGGUGUGGCACCGGCGUGAUGGGAAGUGGCAGAUCGUUCACUUCCACCGCUCAGGGUCACCCUCCACCCUAAACAACUAACAUCCUCCUCCAGAGUGGGUGGGGCUCCGAUGGGGCUGCUGUCGCCUUGACAACAGGAUGAUUGACAGCAGGCCAGCUGUUGUCUGACACCAACCAUUCAGCGUUUGCUUUGAGAAGUUGGAGGCGUUAGAAAGCCUCGUCAGUUAAUCCAUCUGUCAUCCAACCAGUCAGCUCCGUCCGCUCUCCCUGCUUUUUUAACUGACCAAUCAGCUCCCUCGGUGCAGGAACAGGUUGUUUCAUUGGUAGGAAACCUUGCAUCUCCAGCUAUACUCAAACAGCGCCCCCUGGAGUCAGAACCUCAUACUGAAUAGCACCUAUUAUUAGCUCCUCGUCAUGUUACUGAGCAUGUGCAGGAAUCUCUCUGUUUACACCAUCAUGUUCCUACGUCACAUCAGGCAUUUAUGACCAUUAAUGAACCCAAUCUGUGCUGAAAGUGAACAGAAUCAGAGUUCUUGGUCAGAACCUCUCCAUAGAUACAAGGUUUCCCCCUGCUGGUCAGUUUAGGUAUAUGUAGUAAUAAAUGAUGGUUUAUUGUUGUCCUCAGAGAUGAGCAGCCAGGUCGGCUUUAUGCUGAUGAUAUCCUGAUCAUCUUAGAGUUUUUUUCAGUUUAUUCAGAGUUGAUGGAACGCCUCCAUCUACAGCUGACGUGCCCUCUGUUGUUCAGAGAGCUCCAGAAACUUCCAGCUUCUCCAGCAUUCGAUCUUCCACUGACAUCCACCCCUCCCCACCCAGGGAGGGCCUAACGGGGUACCUUAACGAGCUGUCUGCUGCCAGUGCUCCUCCUCCAUCCGCUGAUGGAGGUUUACUGUUUGUCUGAUAUGUUUUCCAGAGAGAGGAAGAAAGCAGAGAGGGAAGGAAACAGGAAGAGGAAAAAGAAGGAAUCUUGAAAAAAGUUUGAAGAAUCCAGACUGUUCUUUAAUUUGAACAACUAGAUGUUUUCAGAACAAACCCAAACAGCCAAUCACAAGACAGAAGAACACAAGUUCACAUCUCUGAAGCAGGAAGGGUGACUUUCUCAGCGCGGUUUAAGUCCACCAGGUUGGACCCUUUUCCUCCCGUCCUUAGUCAGCGCAGUUCGGUUCUGUUGGACCUGGGCCGCCUUGCUUUGACUGUCUGACCCAAACUGAGAAGGUUCUCUGGCCAAACCCUGUAGAAUAGAACUGACCUGAGUCAAGUGGAGAAGGGUCAGUUCUGGAUCCAUGUCCAACCACAGCCCUGACUG